CCGCGAGUCUAGAAACCCCGACCUGCUCGUCCCUCUUGUUCUCCUUUGUCACUGGAAAAUGUGCCAACCCCGAGUCAAGAUUCUCUCGAUAUGGGCUCUGGGGCUCCUAUAGAUGUCGUAGAUUUCCUCAUUAGAAGGGGUUUUGACCCCAAUACUCAAGACCCCAGGGUCGGGUCGUCGCGCGACAAUGCGACAUCGACGUCGACGUUGAAGGCCGCCACGGGCACCAACUCCUCCUCCUUCUCCACCCUGUUUAUGACCUUUGUCCCAGUAGCGAUCUAUGCGGCGGUCUGUACCAUACUCUUCGUGACUCUGCGGCCCAGGUUCCCCCGAGUCUAUGCCCCAAGGUCCUUUCUGAGCAGCCUUCAACCACAUGAGCGCACUGAAAAGUUACCCCCAGGAUGGAUCAAGUGGGUGAAGGCCUUCUACAAGAUGCCCGAUACAGCCGUCCUUCAUCACUCCUCGCUCGACGGUUUCCUCUUCCUGCGAUAUCUGAAGAUACUAUGUAUCAUAUGCGGGGUGGGAUGUGUACUCACAUGGCUGAUUUUGCUACCGCUGCAUCGAUAUGGUGGGAAUGGUAACGAACAGUUGGAUAUGCUUACAUUCGGCAACAUUUCGAAACCGCAAUGGUACUAUGUUCAUGCAUUCCUUGGAUGGCUAUAUUUCGGAUUCAUCCUGUACAUGAUCUCGCGAGAAUGUGUCUAUUUCAUCAAUCUUCGCCAGGCCUACAUGCUAUCUCCCUACUACGCCAACCGUCUUUCAUCGAGAACAAUAUUAUUCACAUGCGUACCGAAGCCGAUUUUGGAGGAGAGAAAGCUCAGGAAGCUGUUUGGAGAUUCGGUGAAGAAUGUCUGGAUUCCAAGGGAGACGAAGCAAUUAGACCAGCUUGUGAAGGAGAGGGAUCAGACAGCAAGUCGACUUGAGAAAGCAGAAAUCACGCUGAUCAAGACAGCCAACCAAGCAUACCAAAAGGCUCUCAAGAAUGGGCAUCCCGAUAUCAGCACCGAGCGACAUUCCCAAGAUUCACAGUCCAAAGAUUCGCAGUCCAAAGAGCUGGAUUCAAGUGUUACAUCAACAACAUAUGUCAAUUCUCCACGACAGUCGAUUCCUAAUAACGAGACAGACCAGAUCACGUCUAUCCCAUCGCCGUCCUCACCGCGGUCGUUUCUACGUAUCGAUGGCACACCAGGCAAGUACACUAGCUAUGGGCCCAACGGUCCUCCAGAUGUCAACGGAUCUGUUGCUGCGCAAUGGAUACCGCACAGCUGGCGACCAGUCCACCGGCCGCUAGCAAACUUCGGCAGAAGGGUUGACACUAUCAAAUGGAGCCGAAAUCAACUCAAAGAACUUGCUCCGAAGAUAAGCAAGCUGCGGCGUGAGCACAAGAAGGGGAAGACUACACCUAUCGCGGCUGCAUUCAUCGAGUUCGAUUCCCAGAUCAAUGCUCAAAGUGCGUACCAAACUCUAGCUCACCACCGGGCAAAUCACAUGGUGCCGGAUGUCGUUGGUAUUCGACCUCACGAGAUCGUUUGGGACGCUUUGCGAAUGCACUGGUGGGAGCGGAUCAUCCGAAGAUUCUUGGUCCAGGGCUUCAUUGCAACGAUGGUCAUUUUCUGGUCUAUUCCUGCGGCGCUGAUCGGAAUCGUCUCCAAUGUCAAGUUCCUCACUUCUAAGGUCUUUUUCCUCCAUUGGAUUAUAGACCUCCCUAGCGAGCUCCUCGGCCUGAUUGAAGGUCUUGUUCCUGCUCUCGCGCUCUCUGCGUUGAUGGCGUGCGUACCUUACUUGAUGAGAUGGUGCGCUCGACAAGCAGGAGUUCCCACGCUCUCCAAGAUAGAGCUCUUCACUCAGAAUUCAUACUUCGUCUUUGAAGUGGUCCAAGUAUUCCUCGUCACAACUCUCACAUCUGCCGCCUCUGCCGCCUUCACCCAAAUUCUUGAAAACCCUAUGGUGGCGCGUACGUUACUCUCUCAAAACCUCCCCAAAGCAUCCAACUUCUACAUAUCAUAUUUCAUCCUGCAAGGAUUGGCUAUGAGCGCAACUAGGAUUGUGCAUGUAGGUAGUUUGUGGAGGCAUCAUGUCAUGGGCUACACGGGCACUCCGAGAUUCCUCUCGCGGCGUUAUCAUCGUCUGCGCGUCAUUCAUUGGGGUGCUGUAUAUCCAGUUUUCACGAACAUGGGUGUUAUUGCAAUCUCUUACUCCCUCAUCGCACCUAUAAUCCUCGGCGUGGCCUUCAUCGGUCUCAACGUCGUCUACGUGAGCUACCGAUAUAACCUCCUAUACGUGUAUUCCUCUGAAGUCGACACGCGCGGUCUCCACUACCCGCGCGCACUCACCCAGACGCUCACCGGCGUCUACCUCGCUGAAGUCUGCAUGGUCGGGCUCUUCGGCCUACGUUCGGCCUUCGGGCCUCUAAUCCUAAUGAUCGGCCUCAUAAUAUUCACAGCUCUAAUCCACGUCUCCCUGAACGAUGCACUUAAUCCUCUCCUCAACAACCUCCCUCGUACCCUAGCGGUCGAAGAAGAGCUCCGUCGCUCGGGUCACGCCGGCCUCGAAAAUCUCUCCGACAAAGAAGACGACUUUGAUGUCGAAGACCCUGAUUUCCAAAACCCAUACGACUCUGAUUUCGACCCCUCCCAGCCAAACGACGCCGCCGCAGUGCACCACGAUCCUAAUCCAGGUACCCGUGGGAUUCGUAUGACCGAGGGGACCGACCAGUUGGCGACACUCACGCUCACUGGGCUAAAGACAUUCGUGCGCGCCAAGUACCGCAAAUCCCGCAUCCCGGGCUACAUCUCCAAAGUCGACUUCUGGUCGUACUGGAUCACACCCGAUCCUUCCAUCGAGAAGCCGAACUUCCUCCUCAAAUGGCUUCACCCCGAAAUCUUCGCCGACUACGCCAUCGUGCGUGAAAGCAUCCCCGAGUAUCCUGACAUCGUCUACGAGCCGGGCUCUACCAAAGACGCCUAUCAUCCGCCCAGCGUGCGCUCGAAGCCGCCCACCCUCUGGAUCCCCCGGGAUGUCGCGGGCGUGAGUGCGCAGGAGGUGAGGCAUUCCGGCGCGGUCAUCGCGAUUAGUGACGAGGGCGCCUGGAUCGAUGAGAAGAACCGCCUGACGCUCGAUAUCGAGUCGGAUCGGAGGGAGCCGUGGGAGAAAGUGCGGUACUAGGUAAUAAUAAUAAAUAUUAUGCUCCCCUGAAUUACGAUUAUGAGGAGAUGUCAUGUAUGUUACAUGUAGAUCAUAGUUAUAAGAUACCACUGUUUUUUGUUCCACC